CGUCGGCUCCAUGAUCUGUGUUAGCUAGCUGUUGUUGUGAGGUCGGUGUGAUUCCUCUGGUGCGUCAUGUCUUAUAAACUAAACGCCCUUUAUAGCGACUCGUACGUUGAUAUAAGUCAGUAUAGAGACCAGCAUUUCAAGGGGAAUCGACACGAGCAGGAAAAGCUGCUGAAGCAGAGCAGUACUCUUUAUGUUGGGAACCUUUCCUUCUACACGACAGAGGAACAGGUGUAUGAACUUUUCUCCAAAAGCGGCGAUGUGAAAAGAAUCAUCAUUGGCCUGGACAAGGUGAAGAAGACGGCAUGUGGGUUCUGUUUCGUGGAGUAUUACACGCGAGCCGACGCUGAGCACGCCAUGAGGUUUAUUAAUGGAACCAGACUGGAUGACAGAAUCAUUAGAACAGACUGGGAUGCCGGUUUUAAAGAGGGGCGGCAGUACGGUCGGGGCAAAUCGGGUGGUCAGGUGCGAGAUGAAUACAGACAGGACUACGACCCUGCACGAGGUGGUUACGGCAAAUUAGUUCAGCUACAGAGGGGUUCGGAUGGACAGCACAAAUUUUAGUCAUUCUGAAUGAACAGGGACUUUUUGAAAACCAAGCAGAGGAUUUGUUUUAUAAUGUUGAUGUAUAUAGAUUACAACCUACUCAGUGGUUUGCACAGAGGAAAUGAUCUCCACAAUUUGGUGAAACAACUGAUAUGGCAUGUUGGGAUUGUCUCUCAUUUUUCUAAUAAACAUUAAGGUCUUUUACCUUA